UCUUGUCUCCAUCUCUUGUGUCUCUUGUCCCUUGUCAUUCUCACUCCCCCUCUAGGGUCUCCGUUGACUUACCCGUGGGCCGGGACAAGUGGCGCCCAACGUGGGGCCCAAGAACGGGGGAUCCAGUGAAGAACGCUGCUUGGGGCCCCAAUAAAAUAGAAGAGGCAAAUAAAAUAGAAAAAAGAGGAUUGCGUUUGACGUGAACCUGCCGUCUUUCCUGCACCUCGGUUAAAAAAGAUGACAUCCCUGAUUCUGUUACAUGGCCUGUUGCUGCUCCUGGCACCAACAGCAAAAAGCGGAUUUCAACCAGUUAACAAGAAACAACUGCUCAUUGCCCUGUAUGGUAACCCCUGUGACUGUGCCGGGGGUUCUGGCGGGCCCGUACCCACAAGUUACACCCGUAGUACUGAUUGCGGCAGCAAGACUGCCUACUUGGUUUAUGAGGCCUCGAUAACAGGAGGAUAUAACCAAAAAUGGGAUUGUGUCACUAAGCCUAAAAUCAUACCAACAAUCUAUGGCAAACCAGGGCCAUGCCCUACCGGCUGUGCCAUGGCCACAGAGAUGCAUUCUACCUGUUACACUGAAGUCCAACAAUAUGCACAUUCCGAUGAAAAAAUAUACCUAACUGCUGUUCUACAAAGAACUUACAGGGGCUCCGUCGAGGGUGACUGGGACUUUUCCAGUCUUACUGGAUAUCCUAAAUUUGGCCAAGCCUCCUGCAGUGGCAGUCCCGGCAAAGAUGUCUGCUGGCCGCCACAGGCCCCAGUUCAUAUAUCUGAUGGUGGCGGGCCUUCAGAUCAGCUCAGGGAAGAGCGAGUACAAAAACAGCUUGAGACUAUCAUCCAAGAGUUGUACCCCUCCCUAAAUUAUCAUCCACUGGCCCUUCCCAAACCUCUAGGCCCAGACCCUGACGUCCAAACCCUGAGUGUCUUAGAGGCCACUUAUCAAUUGAUCAAUACAUCCAACCCAGUCUUUGCUGUGGAUUGUUGGCUAUGCUUGACCCUUGGCACACCCCUGCCCCUCGCCUUGCCAGUUGUUGACCAAACUGACUAUGCCAACAGUUCUAGUUACAAUUGCAGUUUUUCCCUGCCCUUCAGGGUCCAGCCAGUACAGUUCAAUGCCUCAGUUUGUUAUCUAAGUUCGGGACACAACAAUAGCUUCGAUAUACCUGUCAGAGUCCAAAAUUUCUCUCUCUGCUCUGUAAUGCUUAAUGGCUCUGCCGCCAUUUGCCCUGCCCCGGGUCACGUGCUCGUCUGUGGAGGGAGCUUGGCGUUCACCUCCCUCCCCACUAAUUGGACUGGGCUGUGCAUGGUGGCGACUGUCCUCCCGGACAUCGCCCUCAUUCCUAGAGAUGAGCCAGUGCCCUUGCCCAGCUUUGACUAUAUCGCUGGGUGACAUAAAAGGGCCGUCUCACUGGUCCCCUUGCUCGUGGGGCUAGGGGUGUCCGGCGCCCUUGCCACUGGCUCCGCUGGUGUCAGAGUGGCGUUACACUCCUAUGCCAAAUUAUCCAACCAGUUGAUUAAUGAUGUUCAAGCUCUCUCCAACACUCUUACAGAUUUACAAGAUCAGAUUGAUUCUUUGGCUGAGGUGG